AGGUAGUCUUCAACUAACGAAAAGGGAAAACUAGUGCGAAAUAUCUCACGAAAGCUCUCCUAUUCGUCGAAAUCUGACGUUACGAGGCGAGUCUUCGACUGCCACCUAGCGAAACACCGUAUUUAAAGAGAUCGCGGCAGUCCAGUGGUGGUUGUUAUCGAGUGCACUUCACAAUUCUUACAUUGUAUAACGUUAUUUGCGAUGCCGAACGUUGAACAUAAUUACUCCCCGAAGGUGGCUGAUGAAGCCCAGGAUGAUACAUCCACCUCUUCCCCCUCUUUCAACACACCGUCUCCCCCUCCAGUUUCCCCGCCACUGCCCGCUCCCGCUCCUGGUCCCUUUCCCGAACCUGAUCCCGAAGAGGCUCGCGUCCCUGAAGCUGCGGGACCUCCACCAACAGCAAACACCGAUGGUAAUGUACUUCCUGCCUCACACUUGCCUAUCAACACGUGUCUCGGCUCUGGGCAAGAGAAGGAUCACGAAAAGGACAAGAAACUCGAUAAACAAGGAGACGCCGAAAAUGGACAGUUUACCAUAUCGGACACGAAUGGUAAAAGUGGGAAGUUGAAGAUCGUGGAGAGAGUUGUUCAACUACCAAUAAUGAAGUGCACAGUCAACGUGUACGAUCUGUUAAAGACCAACACCUUGACUGGUUGGUCUGUAUACUUGGCCGAAACUACAGCGAAAAUAACGCUAGCGCCGGCUAUGUACAUGGCCUCCGCGUUAGCCUCAGUCUGCAACCUGCCCGUCCGCUGCGUGGAUGCGACAUUGUGCCUCGGUUUGGACGUUGUCGAGGCUGCCUUCCCUUGCGUUAAGGUCUAUCCUAACCAGGUUUCACGAAGCGAGUUUAUUCCCUUGCUCUACUCUUUUAUAUCAGGCUCCGUGCCGACUCACCAUCAGUCUGCGACAGGGCGCGUGAACCGUAUUGGAUUUCAGAUUUUCUGUAUUAUGGCUCGUGCUAUGGAAAUGGAAGAUAAUGGUUUGUACCAUCCUCCGUGUAAUGACGAUUGCCCAUGUCGCCAAAGACGACUGUUGUUCAGCGAAGACUAUGAUGAUGACUGGAAACCUUGUUUACUUGUUCGUAGUAUUCAGGGAUGUUACUUCAAUAGCGUCUACGUCUGCGGAGUUCUGCGUAGUGUAGUAAGACAUCCCAAGGAUACGGUUCAGGCGGUCCCCGCGAAGUCAUGGCGUUUCUUGCACAAUCUGUUGUCAUCAGAGCAAGGAAGACGCAUAAUGUGCUGUUUGAGUGCAGUAUGUAACAAGCUCCAUGGUGCUGCCGGUAUGGUGGUUCCGAGCAAUCCGCCGCUGGAACUGGAAGAUGACAAGGUGCUCCAUUUGCUGCUUACGCUGUGCGACGUGCCUUCUAAAUCGAUGCGUCGCUUCUAUGAAGCCAUCGUAAACACGAUUGACGCUCUGAAUACUAAAUAUGCCGUUGAACAAAAAAUAUUUAAAAUAUCAAUCAAAAUGUCGACGGACAGCUUCCAGGCGCCUUCCACCCCGUCCAGCUCCACCACGGACAACGACAAAUACCCGGCUUACGCCACCAAGUCGUCCUCGACCCCGACGCCGCCUCCCCGGCCGCAGGCGCCGCCCCGGCGGCCGGUCGGGUCGCAAGCGACGCGGCCGUGCGAGUGCGCGGGUGCGUGCGACUGCCCGGCACCGCUGGCCUUCCCGCGGCGCGUGUGCGCCCUGCCGCCCGUGCGGGCGCUGGCGCGCGCGUACGCGACCGCGCGCGAGUCGGACUCUGUGCUGGGCCUCGUGCUGCUGGCCGGGGAGUCGGGCGCGCUGCUGGCGUCGGCGCCGGCCCUGGCCCUGGCGCGCCCGCUGCGCCGCGCCUUCGCCACGCCCGUUUGUAAAGCCAUGGCGUUCUGCGCAUGCGGGGUGCCGGCGGGCGCGUGCUACCUGUCGACCAAGCUCGCGUGCAAGGCCCUGCGCACCUGCCUCUGCGACGUGCCGGCGGUGGCCUGCGGCCUGCCGGCGCUGCUGGGCUGCUCCGCCGCGGAGCUGUGCCUGUGCGACGCGCCCGCUGCUCUGUGCGGCAUCCCCGGCAAGAUCACCCUCAAGGCUGCGCACACGGCCCUCGGGGAUGCCGAGUCCGUCAUCCGCGCCCUCGAAGCCUGCUCCGACCGCAUCGCCGGCCAGUUCCGGUCCGACGGUGACGCUUUCGGGCCUUAGAUUUUUGUUCGGUUGAGAUUUCUACGCUUCUUUAGUUUGUGAUUGGUUUUUCCUGCAUGUGUUUUUUACUGGAUGUUUAUGUAUUUAUUUUACCACCAAUAUCAAAGUAAAUAGAGUAUACUAUUUCCAUCUCAACUUGUUUCUGAUAAGUUUACCUCCAAUUCUCCUUUAC